ACUUGUCAAUUGGCGAACAUGGCGGGACGGGACAAAGGACGCGUUCGUUGGCGUUCGUAAGGUUCGUACCAGGGCAAGCGGAGAGACGCCAUGUUCAUUUGUCAACGGACGUCAAGGUGCUCUCGUACGAGAGGAGCAAGUAGCCGCUUGCCGCCCGUCGCCGAAUAGAGGUUGGAAGUUUGAGGGUAUCGAGGAUCUUCGCCGGUUUGAAAGUAGAAGAUUCUUGUCUCGUCAUGGAGAGCGACGCCGUUUCCGAGUUACGGAAGCGCAAACGCGAGGAAUACGAGAUGCAGCUGUUCGGCUUCCAUUCUCGAGUCGUAUACGCGACUAUCGAGAAUAUUGUGAUGGAAAGGAUACAGUCUAGGAGCAGAAAGUUGUGUGAAACAUUGGAAAAAAUGUGUAAGUCAGACUCGGAUAAUUUGGCCAUGCUAAAGGCAAACGAGGAAAAACUUGUAAAGACAUACCAUGCAGCUUCUAUACCUCAUUUGAAAAACAUAGAGAAUAUUGUGAGGAAAUUUGUUGCUGUACCCGACAAUGUUCUGGCGAAUGAAGAUAAACUUCAAGAGAUACAGUACACAGAAGUGGAGUUUGAAAGUAUACGUGGAAAACUGGAAGAAUUUCAGCAGAGAGCAAGACGAGCGGCUGUGUUGAACGCGGCAUUGAAGGAAGAAUUACAGCUCGUAGAACAAUUUUCGAUCUGUGCAGAUAAUACCGAUAGGCUGAGUCAUAUAAUUGAAAGCGGCAUUGCAUGCCCGGAUAUCAGUGAUAAAAUUCAUGAAUUAGUCAAUUAUUAUAAACAAUUCAGCGCGUACUUCGGUGAUCAGGUAUCUGUAUCGCAAAAGUCGCUCUACAAUAUGCAAGAUGAUGUCAAAUAUAUAGACUGCGACAUGGAUACCGUAUAAUUGCAUAGAAAAGAAGAAAUUCUUUUUGUAAUAUUACUA